AUGGUUAUCCCACCGCCAGCUAAGCCACCGAGAAUAAUAAACUUUCUCAAGCCUUAUGUUCUGAAGAUGCACUUCACUAACAAGUUCGUAAGUGCCCAAGUGAUCCAUUCCCCUACUGCUACUGUCGCAUCUUCAGCAAGCUCGCAGGAGAAGGCUUUGAGACCGAGCAUGGACUCGACACGCGACGUGGCCGCCGCUGCGAAGAUAGGAAAGAUACUGGGAGAGAGGCUGCUGCUCAAGGGCAUCCCUGCUGUUGCCAUCCACUUAAAAAGAGAACAAAAGUAUCAUGGCAAAGUUAAGGCAGUCAUCGAUUCUGUGAGAGAAGCAGGUGUGAAGUUGCUUUAA